AUGUCUGUUCUGUUCGUCGCGUUCCUCCUGGGUGUUUUUGGACAUGCUUCCUCUUCUUGGGAGAUGGUGGAAGUGCUGCUUGCCAGUGACCACUAUAACAAUGUCACGCAGCAACAUACCGCUUUGUAUGACUUUAUAGAACUUUUUGAUGAAUUCGCCGAACAAAACGGAUUACAUUUCAACAAGAGGAAUUUCCGCCAGCUUGAAGCAUACAUAAGUGGGCUACCAGUGGCCAGAUAUGGUAUUCGUAACAUCGACUGCGAGGCGUUCCGCAACUUCCUUAGCGGUGUCAAAGCUCAACGAUACCAUCUUCAAUAUGCAUCGGUGAAAUGUGGAGGAAUGACAUACUCAUUCUGUAUGGGAUUUGCUUGUGAUCCGUAUGGAUAUGUGACUGCUUCUCCAUAUUCUACCACAGCUUGGUAGAGCUUUUUCACUGUUUCAAUAAACUCGCUGAAAUGGAACUUCAUGAGAAU